GGCGGAAACAGCAGGCAGCCUGUUUGUUGUUUUAUUUCUGGGUUAGCUACAGGACUUGGAGGAUGGCUUCGCUCUGUGUCCGACAGACGUCUCCACUCAGAGGUGCAGGACUUCAUGCCUGCGGUUUUGCGACACUGAGACAGUCCAGACCGCAGGACAAGAACAGCGACGGACCCAUUUUCCAGUAUGUUGGCGAGCACCGAAAACCCAACCAUAAAGUGUUUGUCUGGGGCUUCAGCUUCACCGGGGCUCUGGGUAUUCCCAGCUUCGUGGUGCCAGACAGUGGCAGAAAGAGGCCGCGCAAAUACCAGCUCGCACCUUACCGCCUGGACACCUCAGAGAAGAUCACGUCAGCUGCUUGUGGAUACGGCUUCACGCUCAUCGCCUCCUCUACGAAAGACGUGAACAAGGUGUGGGGCAUGGGCCUCAACAAGGACUCGCAGCUGGGCUUCCAGCGCACGCAACACAGUCGCCAUGUUAGCUAUGAUUACGUGCUGGAGCCCUCGCCGGUGGCGCUGCCGCUGACUGAGCCUCUGCAGACCAGAGUGGUUCAGGUUUCGUGUGGCCGGGCUCACUCGCUGGUGCUCACGGACAAGGAGGGCGUUUUUAGUUUGGGCAACAACGCGUACGGCCAGUGUGGAAGGCGGAUCGUGGACAAUGAAGUCUACAGCGGCAGUCACGUUAUUCAUAAGAUAAAAGGCUUCAGCGGCAGAGUCGCUCAGGUGGCGUGUGGUCAGGACCAUAGUCUGUUUCUCACCCACACGGGGAAGGUCUACGCGUGUGGAUGGGGCGCUGAUGGACAGACGGGUUUGGGUCACUAUAACGUCAGCUGUCAUCCAGUGGAAUUGGGUGGUGACCUGGCAGGCGUGGAGGUGCAGCAGAUCAGCACUUACGGCGACUGCAGCCUGGCUGUGGGUCGUGACGGACAGCUGUAUGGGUGGGGCAACUCAGAAUAUCAUCAACUGGCUUCAGUCACCGACACCAUGCAGGUGAACUCUCCACGACAUCUUCCCCUCAAAGGUUGUGGGAAGAUAGUCAAGGCUGCAUGUGGAGGGACUCAAGUGGCCGUUCUCAAUGAAAACGGAGAAGUGUUCGUGUGGGGCUACGGCAUUCUGGGAAAAGGCCCAAAGCUCUCUGAGUCAGCGACCCCGGAGAUGAUCCCUCCAACCCUUUUGGGCCGCUCAGAUUUCAGCCCUAAGGUGCAUGUGGCCAAGCUCAGCUGUGGACUCGACAAUUUUGCUGCAGUGACGAAUCAAGGAGAACUCUUUGUUUGGGGGAAGAAUGUCAGAGGCUGUUUGGGCAUUGGCAAGAAGAAGGACCAGUUCUUCCCAUGGCGGGUUUGCGUACCAGGGCAGGUGGUGGAUGUAGCAUGUGGUGUCGACCACAUGGUGGCGCUAGUGAAGUCGCUCCUGUGAGCUGUGGUGCAUGUCAGUGUGGAUGUUUGGCUCAACGAUGCUCCCUGGCGUGCCUCAGGGAGCUGAUCCAGGUCACUCUGCGUUCACCCACUCUGCGGGUGACUGAGUCUAGGCAGCGACGUUGGUUGACCCAGAAACAGAUGGAUGGAGACGCAAAGAGUUGGUAACGUGGAAUCUCUAGGAGCUGACACCGAUGUCAGUCUGAACUGCGAAAUACUGCACAGAGUCCUUGUGUUAAACAGAUUGUUUUUAUAUAAGAAUUUAAACAUGUCAGUGUUAUUUAAAAUGAAAUAAAUACAAAAUAAUGUUUAAGUGCUUUCAGUUUAUUCAGCUUCUUCCUUUUUCACUGGGGGUCACCACAUCAGAUAUGGAUCUGGAUACAUUUUAAUCCCCUGGUAUGAAAAGCGACAGGAUACAGGCAUCAGCAUGUCCAUCCGUUAGUACGUUUUUGAUUGUUA